GAAAUAACCUUAGAAUAGCAUCAAGAUAGAUGAAAAUAUUCAAUUCCAAGCAUCACGAUGGCGGCACAUGAAUAUCAUAAUCCCUCUUCACAAGCACUACCGGGUCCAAGUAUAUUGAAAUCGACUGCCGGAUAUCCUACGUCGGCAUAUCACCAACAAGCUCAACAUGAUAUUGCAAUGAAUGAAGGAUCAGCAUAUCCGACACCUACUGUCUACAAUGCACAAAAUUAUUCACAACAACAACAACCAUAUUACCCACCUCCACCACAAGCUAUGGAAAAUACUUUUGCUCAACCUCCAGCUUACGGGUAUCAAAGGGAUGGACGGCAUCAACACCAGGCCGAAGAACCUUACCGAAACCUCCCACCUCAUCUUCGUCCCCGACGUUCCAUAUCCGAACCAGCUGAUCCACAUUAUCUCGCUCGUCAUAUCCCCGGUUAUCACCACCGCGGACGUUCGACAUCUUCCUCUUACUCUUCCUCACCAGAAAGAUCGCGAUCACGAUCGAGAAAUCGAGCCCAUUCACAUUCUCGAGCUCGAUCUACCAGAUCUAUGAGUCGAUCGCGUCAUAGACAUUCACAUCCACACUCACGAGCAUCCAAAACUCGAGGUCGAAAUAGUCAUAAAGAUAGAAAUACAUUUUUUGGUGCAUUUGGUGGGGGGUUAAUUGGGGAUUUGAUAAUGCCUGGGUUGGGAACAUUGGGGGGAGCGAUAUUGGGAGGGGUUGGAGGAAGGGAAGCUGGUAGAAAUGGACAUAAGAAUGAGAAAGGUGAGAAGCCUGAAAGGAGGAGAAUCUUUGGAGGAAAAACUUAUGAGGAGGAAUGGAGGGAGGGAAGGAUUGCGAGGGGCGAAAUAAGUGGUUGAUGGACAAGGAUGCGAGAGAAUUGGGGAUAUGUAUAAACGAUUUAGAGAUUCUUUCUUUGAUGUAUUAUUAUUUUAAUAAGAUACCAUUUGCCGCUGCA